GCUUGAGGGCAGGUCAGCCUGGCCCAGCCUGGUGGCCUCUGCCUGACUCCCAUUGUGUUGUCUGCCCUGGCAGAGCCAGAAUUCACACCCACGUCUCUUGUGGGGGACACGGGGCUGGUUGUGGAGCCCCCAACCCCUCCGUCUGUCCUCCACCCAUUUGGACGCACAGUCACACGGGACUGGCGACGAACGCAGUCAUUUGGAAAUGCCAAGGCUUGCUCCACGGCUGGGGACGUGCCUUGGGCCAGAUUCAGUGCAUAUUUCUGGACCGGGAUUAAACUCCAUGGCGGCUCCUGGAUGCCAACUGGUUUGGAGGGAAACACUCUGCUCUGUGAUGAGAGCCCUCCAGAUGGUUCUCGGAAGCACCGGAGGCUGCCAGCAGGACCGGGAGGCUGGCCUGGGUUCUGGAGAGCUCCUCUGCCUGGGCCCGGUGCAGAAGGGACUGGAAAGCGCCCUCCAGGUGCGAGGAGGUGCCUGGAGCAGAGCACAUCUCCCCUUCCUCAGCCCAGAGCUCCCCAUUUCCUGGAGGAGAGAAGCAAGGCUCAGAGAGGUAGGGUUUCUUUCUGCAGGUCACAGCCCUCCUGAGAACAUCGCUGAAUGUGCCUGGGCACCCAUGGGGCUGUUCUGGCGGCUCUUGCCCUGGGCAACAUGCCCAUCACCCACUUCUUUCAGGGCCCUGCGAUCACCCCACUUUCCCCGCCUUUGCCUUUGCUCACCGUUGCUCCUCUGGGAUGUGCUUCCUGACUACUUUCCAGAUGUUCCUGCAAGGCUCCUUCCUCCAGGAAGCCCACCUGGCCUGCCCCUGUCCCUCCUGCUGUGCAGCCGAGGUGGAUUGGGCCUUUCUUCACCUGAUGAACGCCUCUGCUGUGGAUGGGAAGGACGCUUCUCGGAGACAGAGACAACAUUUACCUUGCUCAUCUCCAACUUCCCAGCAGUCCACACGGAGGCCCUGCGUGCACUAGGAAAUGUCACAACUCAUUUUAAGUUGGGAAUCUGUGCUCCGGGAGUGACAGCUCAAGCCGCCACCGAGGCCUUGCAGAUAUCUGGAGGUGACGAGCAGCCCUGGGCUGGGCUCCUGUUCCAGAUGUGCAGCGACCAGCUGUGCAGCUGCAGACAAGGCCCUUGACCUCUCUGGGCUUCAGUUUCCCCAUGUGUAACAUGAGGCUGGAUGAUGUCUUUCAGAAGCUGCUUCUAGCAUGGCCCCAGUGAUCGCCCCGCCCCAUCCCAUCCACCCCCCAGUUUUCAUGUACUCAUGCCCUCUCUUUCUGAGGGUGGGCUGGGCCCAAGGACUUGCUUCUAACCAACAGAAAACAGUAGACGUGAGGGUGGCACUUUCAGGACUAGGUACAGAGACCAUGAUGCCAUCUGUUCCUGGACCCUCUUGUCCUCUCUUGUCAUCACCCGUUGGGCUGAAGCCAGCUGCCAUGUGGGUGGGAGGGGCCCCAGGCCCAAGUCCACGAGGGACAGCCUCCUGUCUACAACCACGUGGGCACCUGGAGGCACGCUCACCACAGCCUCAGUGGACAUCCUCAGUGCAGCCUGGGGGAGGCCCCGCAGCGGCACAGCCAGAUCCCAUUCACUGGGUCUGUGGGAUAAUCAGCGGCCGUUUGGGGCUACGCUGUUACACAGUAGUAGAUGGCUGAUACACUGUUGUUCUCAAAGGGCUACCUGGUGACCGAGGUGACAUGCGAUCGUGCAACUGUGGACAAAGUAUGUCACCUGCUGUCAAGAAACAAAGGAUGCUGCAGCCGUCCCUGACUGCAGGAUACCAGCCCUAGAUGAAGGCGCAUAUCAAACAAGUGAUUUCAAGGAGCCCAGACUCUUGGCAUCUUCCCAUACAUAGAAAAGUGCUAAAUUCAUUAACUUGAGAUGUCUGUAGUUUUUUUUUUAAUUAACAGUAAUCUUUUGAUGUUCCAACUAGCUGGUUUUUCUUCCAAAACUGCUGUAUAACUUGGUUCCUCCCUUACCUCUUCGAAACAGUCUCUCAGCCAUCCAAGAGCCUCAGCGUCGCUCUGAGCCUUCCA